AAACAUGCGGUCGGUUAUGGCGCCAGGUACAAAGCGUUAUGCAUGUCGCACGAAGUUUUGAUCGCGCAAUGCUCCUGAUAGACUCAGUAUCGUGCAAACCUCAUUUACCUUUAUACCGAGUGUGACCGCCAGUUUUCUGCUGAUUUUGUUACCUGUUCAUGCUUUCAAAUUACAUUCUCCCUUUUAGCUGACAUGUGGCAACUUCUAUGGGCUGCUCUCGCCGCGACAGCGUUCGCCUCACCAUAUGCAUCGUCGGAAAGAAGAGCUGUAACCUUCACCAUCGAAACCGCACCGGGAGAGAGCCGGCACGUAACGGAGGCCGAAAAGAACGCUUUGAAAGACCAAGGUGUCGACUUUGUCGAUAUCACGGAAUGGCCCGGUACGGGCAGGGCAUCUGCAGGUCGUACAGUCGCAUAUCCUACAGAAUUGGCGCAAAAGGCGACUGUUGAGGAGCUCAAGGCAGCACUGGACACUGCCAAUAUGAGAAAAAACCUCCAAUUGUUCACUAGCUUCAACAACCGCUACUAUCAGUCGAAGACUGGGAAUCUGUCGGCUGAAUGGCUGUUGGGCCAGGUAGGUAGCUAUGUCGAAGUGGACUCGCCAGCCACCGUCUCCGUCUUUCAACACGUUUACCAACAGAGCUCCAUCAUCGCCACAAUACCGGGCAAAAGCGCAAAGACCAUCGUUGUGGGAGCACAUCUAGAUAGCAUCAAUGGGGAAGCUGGGGUGAACCGAACGACUGCCAGGGCUCCCGGUGCAGAUGAUGAUGGUUCCGGAAGCAUGACAAUCUUGGAAGCAUUCCGAACACUGCUCCUCAACGACACAAUCGCCAGUGGGCAAGCGGAACAGACGAUCGAGUUCCAUUGGUACGCCGCAGAAGAAGCCGGUCUUCUGGGUUCCGGCAACGUCUUUAGGAACUACGCCGAAGAAGGUCGCGACAUCGCAGCUAUGCUGAACCAAGACAUGACGGGUUACACGGCAGGCUACACUUCCAAGAACAUGACGCCAAAAUUCGGGAUCAUAACCGAUUAUACUGAUCCGGCGCUCACAAACUUCACGAGGCGUGUCAUCGAAGCGUACACCGAUACAGAGACAGGCGACUCGGUGUGUGGAUAUGGAUGUUCGGACCAUGUGAGCGCGACGAGGGCUGGCUAUCCUAGCGCGUUUGUAUUUGAAGGCGAGAUGCGUACGGUCAACGAUAACCCAUACGUUCACACUGCGAAUGACACGAUCGAGAAGUUGGACUUUGCGCAUAUGCUAGAGCAUGCCAGGAUGGUCGUGGGGUUCGUGGUGGAGCUGGCGUUCGCGAAGCUAUGAGUAGAUGAGAUGACAGCAUAUCCAUACGGCCGC